AUAUUGAAAAGUCUCUCUUAAUAUAUUAAGCUACCUAUUAGCUGAUAAAAUCUUUCGAUAUGGGUAUGAGGGGAUUUUUUAUGGUUGCAAUUAUGUUGUCUACACUUUUAUGUUAUUGCGAAUCUGAAGAACAACUAAUAGAAUUAUCAAGAGAUGAACUUCUGGAAAUAGAAAAUCAACUUGAGCGAUUGAACAAGUCAUCAAUCAAGACUAUAAAAACACACUAUGGAGAUAUUUAUGAUUGUAUUGAUUUUUACGAACAACCAGCAUUUGAUCAUCCUUUAUUGAAGAAUCACAAAUAUGACUUUCAAAUGAAACCUUCUUCUCAUAUGGCCCCGAUGGUUAGGGAAGAUAAGCCUCCAAAGAAUGUGAGACAAGUAUCGAUAAAUAGUGGGUUAAAGGGUGAAAAAUGCCCAAUUGGGUUUGUUCCCAUAAGAAGAACUACUAAAGAAGAUCUUAUCAGAGCCAAACUAUUUACAAAGUCUUAUACCUCAAGAAUUAAUUCUCCUCCUACUUCUCAUGUAAAUCCAAGUGUAUAUGGAGACAAUAAAACUCGGAUCUUCAUAUAUUUUCAGGCUGGUGAAUUAUCAUGUUUCAAUACAGUGUGUCCAGGAUUUGUUUUGGUUGACCCUCAACCUAUGAUCGACAGGAUUCUAAGAGAAACUCACCCUGGUACUUUUCCUACAUGGGAAAUUGGAAUCUAUAUUUAUCGGGAUCAAGUUACUGGAAAUUGGUGGCUUCAACUUACAAAAGAUCAUGAUCAAAUUGGAUAUUGGCCAUCAAGCAUAUUUAGUGGUGGAUUAAAAGACUUGGCUACAUAUAUUGACUGGGGAGGAGAAACUUACAGUCCUCUUGGUCAAAUUGGUCCUCCAAUGGGGUCUGGUUUACUUCUAAAACAAGAUACUCGUUAUGAUGCAUAUUGUAGGGAAUUGACAACUAUAAACGAGGGGCACAUACAAGAAGAUGCUAAAAACACAAAAAUUUCUUCAAUUGAUAUUGACUUUUAUUUAGUAAAAGAUUGGGGAUUUCAUCGUGACUUUGGACAUGUUAUGACAUAUGGUGGCCCUGGUCCUAGAUAACUUAUUUACAUUGUAUUACCACCAAACUAUCUUUUUCAUGAGAAAAAAAAUAAAUGUGUUUUUAUUUGUGCUUUUGAUAUAAAUAUAGUUGAACUCGAAAAUAGGGACAUUUUAAAUGUUAUACUCUCAAGUGCAUGAAUGAUACUCGAAAAUAAUGUGUUCAUAUAAGUAAGAGAUCAAACCGAAGGAGACUAGUUGAGUAACAUAAAAAAAAUAUUUUAAUCAAAGUAAUAAAUUUGUAUAAGAUAAGUUUAAGUUUUGACUUAUUUUUAUUGUUUUGAUAACUAUUAUAUAAAGAUUUU